GUCACGCUCUCCCCGCCCCGAGCCGACGAGCCGGGAGGCGGCGGCCGCGGCGGCUGCUGCUGCUGCAGUGGGGCAGGUGGCGGCGACCGGCGGCGUCCGAGGCGAUUUAAUCCGGAGACUGAGUUCACUAUAGAAACACCCACAGCUGAAUCAAUGGUUGGGGAAAGAUAGUGGCAGCAGGCAAAGGAAAAACCAGCUCUCACCUACUAAGAAAAUGAGUAUGCUAAAACCAAGUGGGCUUAAGGCCCCUACCAAGAUCCUUAAGCCUGGAAGCACAGCUUUGAAGACACCUGCGGCUGUUGCAGUUCCAGUAGAAAAAACAAUAUCCAGUGAAAAAGCAUCAAGCGCUCCAUCUACUGAGACUCAAGAAGAAUUUGUGGAUGACUUUCGAGUUGGGGAGCGAGUUUGGGUGAAUGGGAAUAAGCCUGGAUUUAUACAGUUUCUUGGAGAAACCCAGUUUGCACCAGGCCAGUGGGCUGGGAUUGUUUUAGAUGAACCUAUUGGCAAGAAUGAUGGUUCAGUGGCAGGAGUUCGGUAUUUCCAGUGUGAACCUUUAAAGGGCAUAUUUACCCGACCAUCAAAGUUAACAAGGAAGGUGCAAGCGGAAGAUGAAGCUAAUGGCCUGCAGACGACUCAGGCUUCCAGGGCUACUUCUCCUUUGUCCACGUCUGCGGCCAGCAUGGUGUCCUCCUCCCUGGCCACCCCCUCAAACAUUCCCCAUAAACCGUCCCAGCCAGCAGCUAAGGAACCUUCAACUACAUCGCAGAUCAGCAACCUUACAAAAACUGCCAGUGAAUCUAUCUCCAACCUUUCAGAGGCUGGCUCAAUCAAGAAAGGAGAAAGAGAGCUCAAAAUUGGAGACAGAGUAUUGGUUGGUGGCACUAAAGCUGGUGUAGUCCGGUUUCUUGGGGAGACAGACUUUGCCAAGGGAGAGUGGUGUGGUGUGGAGUUAGAUGAACCUCUUGGGAAGAAUGAUGGCGCCGUUGCUGGAACAAGGUAUUUUCAGUGUCAACCCAAAUAUGGCUUAUUUGCUCCUGUCCACAAAGUGACCAAGAUUGGCUUCCCUUCCACUACGCCAGCCAAAGCCAAGGCCGCCGCGGUGAGGCGAGUGAUGGCCACCACGCCUGCCAGCCUGAAGCGAAGCCCUUCCGCCUCCUCCCUCAGCUCCAUGAGCUCGGUGGCCUCCUCUGUGAGCAGCAAGCCCAGCCGGACAGGACUAUUGACUGAAACCUCCUCCCGUUACGCCAGGAAGAUCUCCGGCACCACUGCCCUCCAGGAGGCCCUGAAGGAGAAGCAGCAGCACAUUGAGCAGCUGCUGGCUGAACGGGAUCUAGAGAGGGCGGAGGUGGCCAAGGCCACGAGCCACGUGGGGGAGAUAGAGCAGGAGCUAGCUCUGGCCCGGGACGGACACGACCAGCAUGUCCUAGAGUUGGAGGCCAAGAUGGACCAGCUGCGAACAAUGGUGGAAGCUGCUGACAGGGAGAAGGUGGAGCUUCUCAACCAACUUGAAGAGGAGAAAAGGAAGGUUGAGGACCUUCAGUUCCGGGUUGAAGAAGAGUCAAUUACCAAAGGCGAUCUUGAGGUGGCUACAGUGUCAGAAAAGUCACGUAUAAUGGAACUAGAGAAAGACCUAGCAUUGAGAGUACAGGAAGUAGCUGAGCUCCGAAGAAGGCUAGAGUCCAAUAAACCUGCUGGGGAUGUGGAUAUGUCACUUUCCCUCUUGCAGGAGAUAAGCUCUUUGCAAGAAAAGUUAGAAGUCAGCCAUACUGACCACCGGAGAGAAAUAACUUCUCUGAAAGAACAUUUUGGAGCCCAGGAAGAAACUCAUCAGAAGGAGAUAAAGGCUCUUCAUACUACCAUGGAGAAACUUUCCAAAGAAAACGAGUCAUUGAAAAGCAAGCUCGAUCAUGCCAACAAAGAGAAUUCAGAUGUGAUAGCUCUGUGGAAGUCCAAGCUGGAGACUGCCAUCGCAUCCCACCAGCAGGCGAUGGAAGAGCUGAAGGUGUCCUUUAGCAAAGGGGUUGGAACGGAGGCAGCAGAAUUUGCUGAGUUAAAAACACAAAUAGAGAAAGUAAGACUAGAUUACCAGCAUGAAAUAGCAAAUUUGCAGAAUCAACAAGACUCUGAACGGUCUGCUCAUGCUAAAGAGCUAGAAGCCCUAAGGGCUAAACUGAUGAAAGUCAUUAAAGAAAAGGAGAACAGUCUGGAAGCCAUCAAAUCAAAACUGGACAAAGCGGAAGACCAGCAUCUAGUAGAAAUGGAAGACACAUUAAACAAAUUACAGGAAGCUGAAAUAAAGGUAAAGGAACUAGAGGUACUGCAAGCCAAAUGCAAUGAACAAACCAAGGUUAUUGAUAAUUUUACAUCACAGCUCAAGGCUACCGAAGAAAAGCUCUUGGAUCUUGAUGCACUUCAGAAAGCCAGUUCCGAAGGUAAAUCGGAAAUCGAGAAACUUAGACAGCAGCUUGAGGCAGCUGAGAAACAGAUUAAAAAUUUAGAGAUUGAAAAGAAUGCUGAAAGUGGCAAGGCUAGUAGCAUUACCAAAGAGCUCCAGGGGAAAGAGCUAAAGCUUACUAACCUUCAGGAAAAUUUGAGUGAAGUCAGUCAAGUGAAAGAGGCUUUGGAAAAAGAACUUCAGAUUUUGAAAGAAAAAUUUGCUGAUGCUUCAGAGGAGAUAGUCUCUGCUCAGAGAAGUAUGCAAGAAACUGUAAGUAAAUUACACCAAAAGGAGGAAGAGUUUAACAUGCUAUCUUCUGAAUUGGAGAAGCUGAGAGAAAAUUUAGCAGAUAUGGAGGCAAAAUUUAGAGAGAGAAAUGAAAGAGAGGAGCAGUUGAUAAAGGCAAAGGAAAAACUGGAAAACGACAUUGCAGAAAUAAUGAAGAUGUCAGGAGAUAAUUCUUCUCAGCUUACAAAAAUGAAUGAUGAGUUACGUCUAAAGGAAAGAUGUGUAGAAGAAUUACAGCUGAAACUUACAAAGGCUAAUGAAAAUGCAAGUUUUCUGCAGAAAAGUAUUGGGGAAGUAACUCUCAAAGCUGAAGAGAGCCGGCAAGAAGCAGCUAAAAAGCACGAGGAAGAAAGGAAAGAACUGGAGAAGAAACUGCUGGACUUGGAAAAGAAGGUGGAAACAAGCCACAACCAAUGUCAGGAUCUGAAAGCCAGGUAUGAAGAAGCCAGUUCUGAGACAAAAACCAAGCACGAAGAAAUCCUGCAGAACGUACAGAAGGUGCUGUUGGACACAGAGGAUAAGCUGAAGGCUGCACAAGAGGAGAACAGCAGAUUGUUGCAGGAGAUGGAGGAACUGAAAAAACAAGCUGACAAAGCCAAAUCGCUAACUUAUUUGUUAACAUCAGCCAAAAAAGAAAUUGAACUAAUGUCAGAAGAGCUGAGGGGUCUGAAAUCAGAGAAGCAGCUUCUUGCACAGGAGGGAAAUGAUUUAAAGUUAGAAAAAGGUUCACUUUUGUCAAAGCUUAUAGAGGUGGAGGCCCAAAUAACUUUACUUCAGGAAGACCAACAGACGCUGUGGUCCAUAAAUGAAACUCUUAAUUUAGAAAAGGAGAAAGUCUUAGAAGAAAAGCAAGAUGCUGAAAAGCUUUAUCAGCAGGAACGUCUCAAUAAUGAAGCUUUGGCUGUUGAGAGAGAGAAAUUGCUUAAAGAAAUCAAUAUUGCACAGGAAGAACUCUUGAAGAUAAAUAUAGAAAAUGACUCUUUGCAAGCUUCCAAGGUGAGCAUGCAGGUACUUAUUGAAGAGCUCCAGUUCGGCAAAGAUACUUUGAUUGCUGAGUCUACGAAGGAUCGGGAAGAAAAAGAUCACCUGAAGGAUCAGAUCAAGAAACUUAUUACCGAAAACAUUGUCUUGGCUAAAGAUAAGGAUGACAUUAUUCAGAAGCUUCAGAGCUCUUAUGAGGAGCUAGUCAAAGAUCAGAAAACUUUGGCACAGGAGAUCGAAGAUCUCACAGCUGAGAAAAAGUCAGCUUCAGAGAAACAGUCAAGUCUCAAUAACACGUGCAUAGCCUUAAAGGUGGAACGAGAUAAUCUUCUUCAGAACAACCGAGAUCUGCAGUUGGAGAAGGACAUUCUGCUUCAAGAUCAGGAGAAGCUGCGUGCCAACCUGGAGGCCGCCCUCCAGGUCCAACAGCUGCUCCGCAUGGAAGCCAGUGGGCUCCAUGAGCAGUUGGAUGAUGCCAGCAAAGCUCUGAGAAAGGCAGAGCUGGAGACAGUGCAACUCGAGGCCACAAACUCGGGCCUCACAAAGCUGCUGGAAGAAAUUAAGGCCAGUCGAGCAAUCACAGACUCUGAGUGCAUCCAGCUUCUGCAUGAGAAAGAAACCCUGGCCUCCUCUGAGAGGAGACUUUUGGCUGAAAAAGGAGAACUUUUAAGUGAAAAUAGGAUCAUCACUGAAAAACUCAACAAAUGCUCAGAAGAGGUUGCUCGUAUUGAGAUGAGCCUGAACGAGAAGAUCAGUUAUCUAACUUCUGAGAAGGAGACAGUUUGUCAGAAAUUUACUAAGCUUAAAAAGCAGCAGGAUAGUCUCUUGAAAGAAAGAUCUGCACUGGAAUUGCAAAAUGGAGAUUUACUUGCAGAGAGAGAAAAUUCCAUCAAAGCCAUAGGAGACCUUAAAAGGAAAUACGAUCAAGAGUCUGCGAACAGAAGAAUCCUUGUGCAUGAGAAGAUGAAACUACUUGGUAAUAUUGAUGCUCUGAAGAAAGAGCUUCAAGAGAGAAAAAAGGAAAACCAAGAACUAGCGGCCAGCAAGUGUGAUCUCUCUUUGAUGCUGAAAGAGGCACAAAAUGCCAAAAAGAAUCUAGAAAAAGAACACACUAACAUAUUGCAUGCAAAGGAGAGUUUGAAUGUUGAACUUAAGACUUGCUGUUCUGAAAAGAACAUUUUGUUGAGGGAUGGCUUGAGCCUGCAGGAGGAGUGUCAGAAAUUAAAUGAGGAGAUCCACGAAAUGCGGCAGUCAUUAAUCCUGGAACAAGAAGCCAGAACAAAGGAGAAUGAGUCUUCCUUGUAUGAAAAAAAUAAACUUCAUGGGAGAAUGGUGCUCCUGGAGCAGGAAGUGAAAGAGUUAAGAGUGUGUACUGAGGAGCUGCAGUCUGAGAAGUUUGUGCUGAUCCAAGAGAAGACCAAAUCGGAGCAAAGAGUAGUAGAGAUAAUUAAGGAAAAGGAACUCUUGAGUGCAGAAACAGCUCAACUCGCUGCCAAUAUAGAGACUCUGAAAAGUGAUUUUGCUUCCUUGUCCAAAUCCAAGUUGGAACUGCAGGAACUGCACAGCUGCCUCACCAAGAUUCUGGAUGACCUGCGGCUGAACCAUGGGGUCACCCUGGCUGAAAGAGCCCAGGUGAUACAGGACAACAAGAACCUCCUAGCAGAGAAAAGAGAGGUGAUGCUGGAGAAGGACCAGCUCCUGAAGGAGAAGGAGAACCUGGCAGAAAGUUACUUCAUCCUUCAGAAAGAGAUCAGCCAGUUGGCCAAAACCAACAGCAAUAUUUCAGCCAACCUCCUAGAAUCUCAAAAUGAAAACCGUACUUUGAGGAAAGACAAGAGCAAGCUUACCCUUAAAAUUAGAGAGCUCGAGACUCUUCAUUCAUUUACGGCUGCUCAGACAGCGGAAGAUGCCAUGCAGAUAAUGGAACAGAUGACCAAAGAGAAGACCGAGACUCUGGCCUCCUUGGAGGACACCAAGCAAACCAAUGCAAAACUACAGAAUGAAUUGGACACACUGAAAGAAAACAACUUGAAAAACGUGGAAGAGCUGAACAAAUCAAAAGAACUCUUGACUGUAGAGAAUCAAAAAAUGGAAGAAUUCAGGAAAGAAAUAGAAACCCUAAAGCAGGCAGCAGCUCAGAAGUCCCAGCAGCUUUCAGCAUUGCAAGAAGAGAACGUUAAACUUGCUGAGGAGCUGGGGAGAAGCAGGGACGAAGUCACAAGUCAUCAAAAGCUGGAAGAAGAAAGAUCUGUGCUCAAUAAUCAGUUGUUAGAAAUGAAAAAAAGAGAAUCCAAGUACAUAAAAGACGCAGAUGAAGAAAAAGCCUCCUUGCAGAAAUCCAUCAGUAUAACUAGUGCCUUACUCACAGAAAAGGAUGCAGAGCUGGAAAAACUGAGGAAUGAGGUCACAGUGCUGAGGGGAGAAAACGCCUCUGCCAAGUCCUUGCAUUCAGUUGUUCAGUCUCUAGAGUCUGAUAAGGUGAAGCUUGAGCUCAAGGUAAAGAACUUGGAGCUUCAACUCAAAGAAAACAAGAGGCAGCUCAGCAGCUCCUCAGGUAAUACUGAUACUCAGGCAGAAGAGGAUGAAAGAGCCCAGGAGAGUCAGAUUGAUUUCCUAAAUUCGGUAAUAGUGGACCUUCAAAGGAAGAAUCAAGACCUCAAGAUGAAGGUAGAGAUGAUGUCAGAAGCAGCCCUCAAUGGGAACGGGGAUGACCUGAACAGUUAUGACAGUGAUGACCAGGAGAAACAGUCCAAGAAGAAACCUCGCCUCUUCUGUGACAUUUGUGACUGCUUUGACCUUCACGACACAGAGGACUGUCCUACCCAGGCACAGAUGUCUGAGGACCCUCCCCAUUCCACACACCACGGCAGUCGGAGUGAGGAACGCCCAUACUGUGAAAUCUGUGAGAUGUUUGGCCACUGGGCAACCAACUGCAAUGACGACGAGACCUUCUGAUGAAGCCUCAAGUCCAGAACUGGGCUUUCUCAGAUGCGCUAGCGUUUCAGCAAUUUAACACCAGCAUUGUGCGUGCAGACUUCAGGAGAACUCAUGUUAUUUUUGACCCCCAUCAACAAAUCUAAGAAAAUAUUUUGAUCUUCAACAAAUCACCCUUUGGUCUUCUCUUUUAAGUUAGAAAAAUAAAUACUUAGUAGGUGAGUUUUCACCUCUUACUUUGUUUUCUUGAUGUUUCAGUUUGAAAACAUUGCACCAGAUGCCAUUACAUUUUUUUGUCCCUAGACCUCAUAGAAAAAUCCUUACCCUUACAAUACCUUAUUUAAGUAACUUUAAAUUAUGCCGUUACUUUUCAUAUUUGCACUAAAAUAUCCAGGCUGCAUUUGUAUAUUUAGAUUUUUUGGUUAAGCUUUUGACACUGGAAUGAGUUGGAAAAAAAUGUGCCAUUAUGCAUUUUCAUCUACUCAUUUAAAGUAUUUUAUUCAAAGAAAUAUCUGAGCUCUUUGCACUACCUGUUAUCAGUAGUGCCUUUAUUUCAGGCUUGAUAAUACUUAGGUGUGAUUAUAAAGGGAGGGGAAAGCCCCCAAACUGCUGUGGGGACAUUUUAUAAUCUAUAUGCUGCACCCACUCACUGUACUGUGGUGUUUUGUUUGUUGGUUUUGCAUAAUUUCAGCUUCUAUAUAUGGUAUGUAUAUAUUUUUUAAAAAUUUAUAUUUUGGGAAAAACAUACAAUUUGUCUUUCUUUUCAGAUAUUUACCUUUAUGAAAAAGAAAACACUUUAAAUGAUCCUCUGAACAUAACAGACUAGGCCAGAAAUACCAUCAUGUGGCUUCCAAUUAUUUUUUUCUUUUUGUUUUCAUUUUGUUUCUUUACCAGAUUUCAAUAACUGGAAGAAUUUUCUCAAAAUUUUUUUCCUUCUCUAGCAGCCCCAGCAGUCAUUUAAUUAGACAAUAAUCCACUGUAAAACACCUAAAUUAACCAAUUUACAAUCUUCCUUUACAAGUAUUUUUUUUACUGUGUUUUUAGAUGAAUGUACGAUGAGAAAUUCAACAUUAAUAAUUUUGGAUUUUCUUAUCACAAAAAAUAAAAUGAAGGACCUCAGCCACCAGAAUAGUUUGUCAACCAGUUUGAAUCUAUUUAUCUUCAUUUGAAUGUCUUUUAGAAUAUGUAAAAAGUAAUAAAAUGUAUCUUCCAUGCUACCUGUAUAGUAAGAACUUCUAUAAUUGUAUAUAUGCCUUUGAUGUAUUUCCUCCUCAAGUUUAUCAACUGUUUGACAAGUGAAUAUUAAGUUAAUCUGUUAUCAGUUGAAAUUUUUGGUUAUAAACAUUAUAAUAGGAGUUGUUUCACAAACAGCCCACAUGUAAAACAGUAUUAAAAUUUGAGCAAACAAGUGUUCUGUAUCUACUUUAAUAAAUGAUGAUUCUUUUUUGCCAA